AACAACAAAAAAUUUUAGAACAAUGUACAUUAAUAAAAAUGUACGUAAGAAGUAUUGAUAGCCGAUUGAAACGUAUAGAGGAUGGAAGAGUAAAAAAUAAUAAUAAUGUCUACGAAGAAAUGCAAAUAAUACAAAACAUUUCCUUUAAAGACAACUGAUGAAAUUACUCAUUUUGAUCAGAACUUAGAUGAUAAAAACGUUACAAACACAUUUAUGAUGUAUGUCAAACGUAUUGGUGGUACCAAUGGAACGGACAAUGUAAAAGCAAUUUUAAAAAGGAUUUUUACCAACAAACUUGGUACACAAUGCAGUUGGUUGGGUCAACGAAAUAAUUUUAAAAUAUGUGAUCUCUCACUAAUAACAGUAAUUAAAGAUGUAGUAUUGUCAGUACAUGGAAAUUUUCAAGAAAUGUCUUUUAAUAAGGCUGUGAGUGAAUGGUUCCGACUAAGCAAAUUACGAUAUCAAAGAGAACAAAAACAUGGACAUCAUCUAGAAGCAAAUGCAGAUAAUGUUUCUAAAGAAAAUAUAGACAAUCCUCCUGAAGCAAAUGCCGACAAUCCUAUUGAAGGAAAUUAAAAUAAACUCUGUAUUAUAUAUUCAUGUGUGCAUGCAUAUAUGUAUAUAUAAUAACGUAUUUGUACUUUAGUAUUCUUUAUUACAAACAACAUUGUAACGGUUUGAUUUUGAACCAACAGUCUGAUAUUUCAAUAUUUUAAUAACUGCAUCAAUUUUUUUCUUUUUUAAUACAUUACAAUAUUACUUUAAGAUUAAAAUAUUACAAACAUGAAAUUGUUCUUUAGUUUAACUUUCUUAUACUUAAAAUUGUCAUUAUCCUUUUUAUUUUUUAUUAGAAAACGAGAAGAUAUAAAUAUUAUGUUUACGGAUAUGUUAAAGAUAUAAUUACAUUUCUGUUAUAUUAGAAAUCCCAUGACAGUAACAAGAUACACAUGUUUAGUUAAUUAUGGAAUUUUAAUAAUGUUUUGUUUAAGCACAACAUAGAAGCAAGCGUGCAAUAUUGUAUUUUAACUGUAUGUUUUCGAAAUAUAUAUAUAUAUGUACACAUAUAAUGUAAAAAAAACUUAAACCUGUGAAAUACU